AGGAGUCCUAAUACUACUUACGACAUUUAGAGUACAGGCACGAGGGCUUCUUUGGGGUUUAAAAGUGAGGAAUGUUGUUUAGAGAAAAUACCACCGUAGUGCAGGGGGGCUGGGUGCCUACAGUACUGUAGACUGGCCUGUCUGCAGCCUUUGAUUAUUUUAGUUCCACUCAAUCAAAUCACCGAGUGAGUGGUCUUUCUUCCCGUUAUCUCAGAUACAUUUUCUAUCUUGUCUACUUUCAAGAGAGGGUCAGUCGACAAGCCUUUACUAUUAGAGUAUUCCACUUUGGGGUCAAGAAUUGCUCUCCUUGGAGGGGGGUUUAGCUGAAAAUGUACAUUUUUCAAAUGUGACUCCGUCCCACCAAGGGACCUCUUCAUCCUACCCCGAAGGGAGCUCAACCCUACACCUCCGGAACUUAACUGGGGAGUCUGAGAGGAAUGCUGUAACUUUUACGCUAAAGACCACAGAGUACAUUUCUAUUUAGAAUGGGAGACUACGAUGAAGACACCGCAUUUCUGGGACAAAUGGGUCCUUAUUUCUGGGCUACAUUCUUUCUCCUGAAUACAGUUUUUGUGUCUACUGGAUUCAACGGACUUUACAUUAUUUUUGCUGGAGCAGCUCCGAAACACCACUGUCUAAUUCCAGAUGUCAACCUGACUGAGGAGUGGAGAAAUGCCAUUAUACCCUUCACAGUAGUAGAUGGUGUGGCGGCUGAGAGCCAAUGCAGCAGGUACAGACUGGACGUGGUGAGAAACCUCUCUGCUGAGGGAUAUAAUCCUGGACGGGAUGUCAAUCUCACUAAUCUGCAGCAAGAGGGAUGUUUGGAUGGGUGGACAUACAGCAAAGAGGUCUACCAAUCCACUAUAGUCACUGAGUGGGAUCUUGUUUGUGACAACCAGUGGAAAGUUCCAUUUGCAUCCUCAACCAUUUUUGUGGGGUACCUAGUUGGAUCCCUGAUAUCAGGACAGCUUUCUGACAGGUUUGGGAGGAAGAAGGUUAUUUUCAUGUCCCUUGGGGCCCAGUGUCUGGCAGUCUUGCUUCAGUCCUUCUCUCAGUCAUGGCGGAUGUUCUGUGUCAUGUUCCUUUUCAUUGGAGCCUCUCAGAUAUCCAUCUACAUUUCAGCAUUUGUACUAGGUACAGAAGUGCUGAGUAAAACCAUGCGUGUUCUCUUCACAACUCUUGGGGCCUUCCUGUUUUAUUGCAUUGGUUAUAUGACAUUGCCAUGGAUUGCGUAUGCCAUCAGAGACUGGAGAACGCUGCUUGCUGCACUAUCUGCAACUUCAGUGGUUUACAUCCCAUUGUGGUGGUUCAUCCCAGAGUCACCCCGAUGGCUGAUGACUCAGGGCAGAGUUGCAGAGGCCGAGGUCAUUGUGAGAGACGCGGCAAGGAAGAACAAAGUGGAGGCACCACCGGUCAUCUUUAAGGAAGCUGAUAUUCAAGAAAUGUGUCCGGGCAAAAAGUAUACCAUGCUCGAUAUUUUGAAAUCGAAGAACAUUCGAUGCAUAACACUGAUGUGUCUCAUUUUGUGGAUGGCAAUAAACAUUGGGUAUUUUGGCUUGUCCCUGAACACUUCCAACCUGAGCGGUGACCCCUUCAUGAACUGCUUUUUGUCAGCUCUUAGUGAAGUACCCGCAUACAUCGUUUCAACUUUGCUGCUAAGGAAAUGCCCAAGGAGAGCACUGCUGUCAACAUUUCUUGUCCUCGGAGGAGGAGUUCUCUUGUUAAUCCAGUUCAUCCCUGACACCCUUCAUUAUGUUGCUCUUGCACUGGAGAUGACUGGAAAGUUUGGCUUCACCAUGGCCUUUAGCAUUGUGUACAUCUACACUGCUGAGAUUUACCCCACUGUUCUGAGGAACGUCGGCAUGGGAAUGUGUUCCUCUGCUGCUCGCAUUGGCAGCAUCACAGCUCCGUAUGUCAUCUAUCUAGGUACAUAUAAUAAGGUUCUACCUUAUAUCUUAAUGGGAACUCUCACAAUUGCCUCCUCCGUGGUUAAUGUUUUCCUUCCGGAAACCCUGGACAAAGAUCUUCCAGAAACAGUUGAGCAAAUGCAAGAAUGUCAGGGGUUAUGCUGUGGAUCCAAAAAGAGGAAAUAUUUUCAGAAUGGAGCAACACGCAACACACCUGUUUUACAUGAGGGUAAAUCUGAGGUGCAAACCCUGGCUUAGUUAUUGUUGAUCAUCUUCUUUUAUAAGAAAAUGAUCGAUUGAGAUCAGAAAAAGUAGCCUGAAUAUUUGGGGAGUUUUGGGAAGUGCUUUGUGCGGUACUGUUCCUUUCUUUAUUCAGUUGAGGUUUACUAAUUCGACAUAUUUUCUAUCUGACCGGAAAUCAAAUUCUAAAAGUGCUCAUGACAUUGAAAUGCAUGUAACUGGCGGAUUAGUAACUGUCAUUAAAAAAUAUUUUUCAAAAACAUGUCAAUCCCUUUAAUAGAGAACCAGAGUUGUUGUUUUUUUUACAUCUCAUAAAAGAUCCAUUGUUGUUGCCAGGGAAAAAAGAUGAUCUACCUUGACCAAUAAUUUUAAUUGCAACUAUGAGAUUUAUUAUCUACAGAUAAAGUGUAUGUCAUGCAGCUUUGUAAAGGUAAUGGUGAUCACUGAUAUGUUUAACACCAAAAUUGCUCCAGGUUUAUGGUGACCAGCAUGAAGACAAUCUGCACGAGGACACUGAUACAUUAAGUUAAUUCAAGUCUUAAAAAGAUAUCUGGAAUUCAAACUCUGGAAUGUGAAUUAACAUUCCUUCAUAAUGAACAACGUAAAUAACGGUGUAAUAUGCUAACACCAGGUUCAAAGUUCAAAGACCUUAUCGUUAUAAUUCAGUAAAUAUUAUGGAACCCUGGCGGGCACUCCACAAUACCCUCAGGAGUGAGUGAGUGUGGGUGGUUGUUUGUCUCUGGGUGACCACUUCUAGCAUGUUGUCAGAUGGGAUAGGCUCCAGCCCCCCGCGACCCAGGAAUCAUCGUUAUAGAAAACGGAUGGAUGGAUGGAACGAACCCUGGCAAGAUUGUUACACUGGAAAAAUUGUAAUAAAAUAUUCUGAUUAACAUUCAAAUCAAAUGCUGCUCUUUCUAAGACUUUGACAUCUUUUUCUGAUGGUAUUUGAUUAAACUCUUCCUUUUUUGCUGUCCCUCAGGACUUUGGUACUCAUUCAUUAGUUUAUGGACAGCCAUGUCUGCACUCUUUAGCAGAGUUGUCCUCUCUUUACCUUUAAACCAUCUGCUUUCAAUAAAUGACUUACGUCUUGGUGAAUGAUACGGUGAACAGCUAUAUAACCGUUU